AUGGUUUCUGUAAAGUUCAGUGUGUUGCAAAGGUUGGUGAUAAUAUUGACUAUUUUGGUCAAAGUUAGCAAAAGUUGUCCAGAAUUGAGAGAAUGUUUCCCAGACGUAACUGUGACCGUGCCCUGUCAAGGCAGCGUCAGCCCAGAGUGGACCUCAGAACCAAGCGAAACUGAUUGCAGUAUAUACGUUUCAUGCUUCAAUGGCAUCGGUAUACAAAUGUGCUGCCCGAUCGGAAUGUAUUACGAUCCUAACACUCAGAAUUGUGCUGAUGAAGAGGAUGUGGAAUGUAAAAUAGAGCCACCACCUUGUCCGGACACAACAACAAACAACCCAAUUGAGACGACAACAACCACGAGCGCUGCAGAAACAACGACACAAAACCCGAAUACUGAAACAACAGAUACGACUAGCGACACAGACACUACCACAGAACCAAUUACCAUUACUGAUGAAACAACUAUCACUACCGAUGAAACAACUUCUACCGAAUCUAUAGAAACCACAACUGUUAAAGAAGGUGCAGAUUUGGCUGCUCUUUGUGAAGCACUUUCUUCAGACACGCUGGUAGAGUUGGCAUACCCAGGUGAAUGCAAUAUGUACGUUGUGUGUGAUAAUAGACAAUACGUUGGAACAGAAUCAUGCCCAGCAGGGUUACACUUUAAUCCUACCCUUUCCAUUUGUGAUUCUCCUGACCACGCUGAAUGUUUGGAGUUUGUUUGCCGAAAUAAUCCGGAAGGAAAGCAAACGACGGUGGAAAGUCAGAAUUCCUGCCAAAGAUAUUUCAUAUGCAUCGGUAAUAUUACUGUUGAGCGCCUUUGCGCACCAGGAACAAUUUACGAUGCCAAAAACGGCUGGUGCAUAGUUGAUGACGUGGAAAAUCCAUGCGAACGCGAACGACUUCCUCCACCACCAGAAUCUGUCAUUAUGCAAUGUACUGGAGAAAGUGAAUUAAGCAAAAUACCUCAUCCUACCAUGUGUGAUGUGUACUACCGUUGCCUUAAUGGAAAUCUUUGGGUAAGACAGUGCCCGCAGGGACUGUUUUUCGAUUCAGACCGCGAGCAGUGCAACCUUGCAGGUAUAGUCGAAUGUGAAGUAACACAGCAGCCUCCGCUGUACCAAAUUUAG